UUUAGAACAAUAUAGAUUCAAAAUCCCGAAUUAGAUUAAGUUGGGAAGAAAGCAAAAACAUAUCUUUACUUGACGUAUUUGUGAACUUGUAACUGUAAACAUUUUGAACAACUAUGCACAAUGCCACAUUACUAGUAUAAAAAUAUGCAGAUGUGGUAUGCUCCAAACACAGUCCCAUUUCCACACUUGCAAUGGCAACUUGUUAUGCAACUUCAACUAAAUUUGUUCUUCUCAUAGCUCUGCUGUUGUUCAGUGAUAUUAUUGCUAAGAGAGAGAGUGUUGAUGGUGCCUCUACCGACCAACCUGGCAAGAGAUGGGCAAUUUUGGUUGCUGGCUCCAGUGGUUAUGAGAAUUAUAGGCAUCAGGCGGAUGUAUGUCAUGCAUACCAAAUACUGAGAAAGGGUGGUCUCCCAGAUGAGAACAUAAUAGUUUUCAUGUAUGAUGAUAUUGCAUUCAAUCCAAGCAAUCCAAGGCCAGGAGUCGUUAUCAACAAACCAGAUGGUGUCGAUGUUUACCAAGGAGUUCCCAAGGACUAUACAGGAGAGCAUGUGAAUUCGAUCAACUUUUACGCUGUCAUUUUGGGCAACAGAUCUGCUCUCACUGGAGGAAGUGGUAAGGUUGUCGACAGUGACCUUCACGAUCAUAUUUUCAUCUACUACACUGACCACGGUAGCGCUGGGUUACUAGGAAUGCCCGAGGGUGAUUAUGUUUACGCCAAGGAUCUAAUGGAAGUGCUGAAACAAAAGCAUGAAGCCAAAAGCUACAAAAGCAUGGUAAUAUAUGUGGAAGCAUGCGAGUCGGGAAGUAUGUUAGAAGGAUUACUUCCAGAAAACAUAAAGAUAUAUGCAACGACGGCAUCAAAUGCAACAGAGAAUAGCUGGGCAACAUAUUGUCCUGGACAGUUUCCCAGUCCUCCCACAGAUUAUGAUACUUGUCUGGGAGAUUUGUACAGCAUCGCUUGGAUGGAAGACAGGCAAUAUUUUCUUUACACCCUCUGCCUAUAUAACAAAGCUAACUUGUACCUAGCCAAUCCCCGCCAUAUUAAAAUGAAUUUGUGUUGUGCCAUGAUAUGCAGUGACAAACAUGAUUUGAGCAAGGAAACUUUAAUCCAACAAUAUGAUGCGGUUCGAAGAAGAACUUUGGUCGAUAAAUUCGGUUAUGGUUCUCAUGUAAUGUUGUAUGGAAACAAAAGCAUCGGCAACAAUUCCCUUGACACUUAUAUUGGUGCUAACCCUGAUAACUACAACUAUACAUCUUCUGUCCAGAGUACUGAUACUAUCGCUCCACCAUCAAAGUUGUUGUACUCAAAUGCUGUUAGUCAGCGUGAUGCUAGUCUCAUUCAUUACUGGCACAAGUUUCAAAAAGCUCCAUUUGGCUCUAGAGAAAAAACGGAGGCUAGAAAGCAGUUAGAGGAUGAAAUUUUGAAUAGAAGGCACGUUGACUCCAGUAUAUAUCACAUUGCUAAACUUCUGUUUGGACAAGCAAAGAGCUCAGAAGUGCUGAACAAUGUUAGGCAGCAAGGACAAUCCCUCGUUGACGAUUGGGGCUGCUUCAAGAAGUUUGUGAAAACCUACGAGAAACACUGCAGAAGACUAUCAAGAUAUGGGAUGAAAUACACACGAGCUCUAGCUAACAUAUGCAAUGCUGGGAUUACAAUAAACCAAAUGGAUCAGGCCUGUCUGGAAACUUGCCUUGUAAAAACCUGAAGCUAAAUUAGCUUCUCUUUACCUAGCAAUGCUAGUUCCCACUAUGUGACCGUGAGGCAAUUAUAAAUAUAUAAAAUCUACAAUGCAAAUAAUAAAUUAAUAAUAUUUAUGUUGAACUGGCACCAUCAAUCAUCUCAAGCCCUUUCUUCCAUAACUCGAUCAAACUAUCUACUAGAAAACUUGUUUCGAGCUUCUCUACAGGGUAGAUUCCGUAAAAUUAACUUCAUCAAAAAACAAUAUAUCUGGAAAAGAAAAAAAGUGCUGAUGAUUCAUCAAAGGUUACCACAUACUACCAAUGACAAAGAAUUCAAUGCCAAGAUCAUGAUAUAAGUACAGCACAGAGCCAGACACCCCCCUCCUCUCUCCCGGUAACCAAAAAGUUGAGGUUAAUUUGGCCAUUUGACUGAACGGAAACUGCAGAGUUUUCUUCUACAAAGGCAGUCGAUUAUUUUCAAAAAGUUAUGACUAAAGAGACAAGUACCUUACACAUCAAUGGGUGAUAGAAAUAUUGAAAGUCGUGUUCCUCAAUCUUUUCCUUAUUCCUUUCCUCUCUGGUCUUUCAGGCUAAGUGGAAAAUCUACCCUUCGAUGUUGAUGAUUCA